ACUGUUACACGUUCGCACUCUCUCACACACAUACAACACACUAACCACACACAACUGAGACUCGCACGACACACACCCUAACACACACACACUCCUACGCGCACACACUCUCACACAUUAACAGUCUUACGCGCGCGACAUCGCCGAGUUCCCCGUGAAGUUUCGGGGGUGCGAGUUUGACUCCGGGAUGGGCCGGGGGGUGGUGGGGUUGGGAGGAGGAACCCGCUGUGCCCCCUUCGCCGCGACCCCCUCGACCAGACCCUUGUAAGGGGGUCCUCCCGCGGGCUGGGACUGGUGACCCCUCGGGAUCCCCUCGGGAUCCCCUCCGCCGCGAUGCCUUCAGCGGCAUCGACUCGCAGCGUCAAGUCGCGCGGCGGUCCCUGCGGGACGGACGAUGGAGAUGCCUCCACGACGCACGCGUUCAAGACCAAGACGUUCAAGAGGCCCAAGCCGUGCCUUGCGUGCCGGCAGGACGUGUGUGGCCAGGCCCACUCGUGCCGUGCUUGCAAGCUCGCGUGCCACAAGAAGUGCCUGUGCAAGGCUCCUGCAUGCAGACCAGCGCUGAGCAACGAGCAGCCAAGCGGCUCCAAGAGGAGCAUCGCGUCCAUUUCAGCCCCCAGGUCUCCGUCCAGCGCGAGCAGCAGGGCCAGCUCACGGGCAUUCUCCUACUCUGAGCUGGCGAUGUUGCCGGGCAGUGGCUGUGCGGACGAGCUGGACCUCACCUACGUCACCGAGCGGAUCAUCUCGGCGUGCUUCCCCACGGCGCAGCGCGAUGACGACUACGGCGCCGCGCUGGAGCGCACGCUCGGCAUGCUGCGGCACAAGCACGGAGACACCUGCCUGAUCCUGAACCUCUCGGAGCAGAACCACGACCUGAGCAAGAUGACGCGGCAUGUGGUGAGCGUGAGCUGGCCGGAGGAUCACGCCCCGCCACUCGAGGCCGUGUGCCGCCUGUGCAAGUCGGCGGACGCGUGGCUGGGCGCCGCGCCCGCCCACGUCCUCGUGCUGCUGUGCCGGGGCGGGCGCGGCAAGCCGGGCACCGUGGUGGCGGCGUACAUGCACUACAGCGGCGUGUGUGCCAGCGCUGAGCAGGCGCUGGACACGUUCGCCAUGAGGAAGUUCUACGAGGACAAAGCGCUGCCCGUGUCCCACCCCUCCCAGAAGAGGUACGUCAACUACUUUGGCCAGCUGCUGGCGGGCGUCAUCAAGAUGAACAGCGCUCCCCUCUUCCUCCACCAUGUCCUCAUCAGCGGCGUCUCCAGCUAUGACGCAAACCUCGAUUGCUGCUGCCUGUUCAUCAAGGUGUACCAGGGCAUGCAGCUUGUGUGCACCUCGGGAGUCUACGACGUGCAGCAGGGGAGCACGGCGCAGCUCUGCAUCGGCAUCCAGCCGGCGCUCAUGCUCAAGGGGGACAUCCUGGUGAAGUGCUACCACAAGCGGUUUGGCAGUGCGGGCCGGGACGAGGUCUUCCGAGUCCAGUUCCACACAGGGGCCGUGCAGGGCCUGCCGCUCUGCUUCGCAAAACACGAACUGGAUCACGCAAACACCGAUGAGAGGUUCCCACAGCAAGGAAAGGUGGAGUUCAAGCUGUCCACGAGGCCAGAGUCAUCCAAAGACUGCGUGGAGCUGCCGAACGGGCCCGGGGUGCGAGUACGCUACGGGUCGUCGGACCCGCUCGUCCGCUGGGACUCCUACGAGAGCUUCGUGAACGCGCACAGAGACAGCGACGUGGCGCGGGGCCCUCUAGACGGCGGCCUGUACGCCAGCGUGCGCAGCACCGCACGCUCGCCGCACCGACGCGGCCCCGGCCCCACCACCAACAACAACAACGGCGCAGGCGCCGGCACGCUGAGCCUCGGCGGGGGACGGCCGGGAGCGCACCAGCAGCACCAGCAGCAGCAGCAGCACCAGCAGCACCACCAGCAGCAGCAGCAGCACCAGCAGCACCAGCAGAACCAGCAGCAGCAGCACCAGCAGCACCAGCAGCACCAGCAGCAGCACCAGCAGCACCAGCAGCAGCACCAGCAGCAGCAGCACGCUCGCUCCCGUAGCGCCGACUCGGGGAACUCGUCGGCGUCCGCCAGGACGGACCACACGGACCGCGUGCCGCCCUCGCCCCGGCGGGGCGACCCCGCGGCCAUGGCGGGCCGCGCCGGCAGGCCCGGCGGAGGCUUCGGCGGAGUCGCCGGCGCCGGCGGUCGCUACACGGUGCCGGCGCUGGUGCACGUGAACGGUGGCGCCGCGGGGGCCCCCGCGCUGCGGGAGACGGACAUCCUGGACGACGAGCCGGGGUACUCGCCGGCGCCGGCGACGCCGGAUCCCCGGCAGGCGUCGGCAAAGGCGCACUACUACGGGUACCGGCCGCCCGCGGCGCAUGAGGCCCGGGUCUCCUUCCAACAGCAGCCGUCGCCGCCGCCGCCGCCGGAGCACUACCGGCACUACCAGCCGCUGCAGCAGCCACAGCAGCUGUACCAGCUGGAACAUUACCAGCUGCACCAGCAGCAGCAGCAGCUGCAGCGGCAGCCGAGCGGCCACGCAGCGGUGCCCGAGAGCUGGGGCUGGCUCCCGGCGGGCGCCGGCGAGGCGUCGCGUGAGUGGAACGCGGCGCCGGCUGGCACGGACGCGAGCGUGGCGCAGCUCAACCUGCUCAUGCUGGACCUCGACCCCGGAUUCUUGAUGCCGGCGGCCGGGACCCACGGGGGCCACGGGGAUCACGGGGAUCACGGGGGCCACGGGGAUCACGGGACCCACGAGGGCCACGGGGGCCACGGGGAUCACGGGACCCACGGUGGCUACGGCAGCACGAGCGGAGGAGGAGCGUCGCCGUGCGGAGAGUACAACGCCAUGCUGCAGGGGAGGCUGGAGAGUGGCAGCUCCCCACUCCCCACUCUGCGACUCCGCUCGCACUCCGCGCCCGGGCCCCGGCCUAUGGGGCCCGGGCUGCAGACCCGGGUGGAGUCCAUGCGGAGGAGAGCCGCCAGCGUGGGGCCCCGGGAAGACGGAGAGGCCGAGGGGGGUGGGGCCGCAGGGGCCCACCACGACGCGGCCUGCGUGCCGGUGAGCGAGCGGGCACCCCGCGAGGAGUACGGGGCCCCGUUGGGAGCCCACAGGGGGCCGAGCCCCUACUCCCACUCGCCGACUCAGGGGUACGCGACGGGGCCCCCCACGCCCACGUUCCCCGUGGCGCCUCCGACUCCCUACACACAGCUGAGAAGCCACUCGCGACCGCUCGCCUACAGCCCCGGCGAGGACUCCCCCAUCGGUUCGCCCCCCUCGUUGACCGGCGCGGGUCAGCUGAGCAGCCCUGCCGCAUUCGCCUCACACAGCAGCGGCAGCAGCAGCAGCCUGGAGAGGGGCUCAUCGGUUCAUCAGCAGCAUCAUCAUCAGCAGCCGCAGCUGCAGCAGCCCCCGCUGCGCAUGGCGACCCCCUCCCCGGACUUCUCCGGCUACUUUGCCGAAGGCUCCGUGGGAUUCGGCGACGCGUUCGGCACCGCCCAGGCCUACCCCUCCAGGGCCCGCGCCAGCCCCGGCCCUCGCCUGGGCGACCUGACCGACGGCCCCCCCGACGGGCCCCGGCACCGUCUCGGCGGCCACCCCGGCCAUCACCCGGCGGGGCCCGCGGGGGCCGGGGCGUGGCGAGGGGGGCCGGCGGGGCCCGGGUUUGGCGGCCCGGCGACGCCGGACAGCCCUCGGCCGUGCCGGCGGAACGUUGCCACGAACACGCCGCCAUCGGCGUCGCCGGCGCCCGCCAGCCCCGGCGGCGGCGGCGGCGGCACGGUCUGGCGCGACGGCGGCCCCGGCGGCCCCGUGCCGCGCAACGGCAGAGCCAGUCCCGAGCCGCGCAGGGUGGCGGGCGGCGCGGUGGCGAUGGCGCCGCCGUCUCCUCCGCGCCGCUCCGGCCCGUCUCCCGUGCCGCCGAUGUACACGCCGACCGGCGGUAUCGGCGGGUACCCGGGGUUCGAGACCGGAGCGCCGUCGGCGCUGUCGUGGGAGGGGGCCUGGGCCGGCCGGCACGGGGCGGCGUCGGCGGGUUACGACGGCGCCGCCGCCGCACCGGCGGGCUCGCCGCCGUCCACCGGGCCGUCCACGCCGAGCGGCAGCUUCGCCAACGUGUCGACCGAUUACGCCGGGGGGGGCCUCCCGCAGCACGACACGUUCAAGUACUCGAGCGGCGGCUCGCUGUCAGGCGACAUGAGUGCCAAGACGAGGGCCAACGUGAAGUUCGUUCAGGACACCUCCAAGUACUGGUACAAGCCCGAGAUGUCCCGCGACCAAGCGAUCGCGGUGCUGCGGGAGCGUGAGCCCGGCGCAUUCGUGGUGAGAGACAGCCACUCGUUCCGCGGGGCGUACGGCCUCGCCAUGAAGGUGGCGACCGCACCGCCCGGCGUGCCGCAGCCCAACAAGACCGGAGACGGCACCAGCGAGCUGGUGCGUCACUUCCUCAUCGAGUCCUGCGCCAAGGGGGUGCGGCUCAAGGGCUGCCCCAACGAGCCGGUGUUCGGGAGUCUGACGGCGCUGGUGUACCAGCACUCCAUCACGCCACUCGCCCUGCCCUGCAAGCUCGCCAUCCCCUCGCACGACCCCCUGGACGUGGCGCUGGAACCCGUGGCGCGGGAGCCGACAGCGAGCCCACCAGUGGUGCCCAGCUCUGUCUCCGAGCUCCUGCGGCAGGGGGCAGCGUGCAAUGUCCUCUUCCUGGGCGUUGUGGAGAUGGAGUCGCUCACGGGCCCGCUGGCCGUGGGCAAGGCCGUGAGCGAGACGCUGACGCAAAGUCCCGCACCCACGCCCACCGUCGUCCACUUCAAAGUGUCGGACCAGGGCAUCACGCUCACGGACAACCAGCGCAGGUUGUUUUUCCGAAGGCACUACCCUGUCUCCACGGUCACCUUCUGCGACCUGGACCCUCAGAACCGACGCUGGAGGAGAGAAAACGGCAACAACGCAGCUGUGUUCGGCUUCGUGGCGCGCAAGCAAGGCAGCGUGUCCGACAAUAUGUGCCACCUCUUCGCCGAGCUGGACCCCGAGCAGCCCGCCUCCGCCAUCGUCAACUUCGUCUCCAAAGUCAUGAUCGGCUCCACCCGCUAGUCCACUUCCUGCUGCCACUCUGCCGACUUCCCGUCAGCUCGCCUCCCCGCCAACCUACAAACGUUUUUUUUCUAAGCCACCUUACCUCCGCUGCCCCCAGCGGGUGCCACCCGCUCGCUCUCACGGCUGUUACGCUGAAGCAUCCUCGGCAGACAUGAUCUAUCUACUGCUGAACGGGGGCCUCCCCGACCUGCCGCGGACUGCACGCGUAUACGGUUCCCAGAGGCAGGCUGCAGCGGGUGAGGAUUGGGUGACCGUACUGUGCCGAUGAGUCCUUGCCAGGACGAAACUGGCGCGUCGCGCGCGGUGUCUGUCGCCGCGUCGUUACGCCCUCAGCAGCUGCCGUUUCCGCUUCUUUAAGGGGUCGGCGUCCCACGCAUUUCCGAUCAGCGCGUCGCAGCGAGUCUCGGACGCUGGCAAGCGAACGCACGCGCGCUAAGUCUUUAGGGGCGUCGAUCGCGUAGCUUUUCUGAAUGAAUUCCUCUGCAACUCGGGAGGAGAGUUAGGACGCCGCUCCUCACGGCCGGUGCGAGGGGGGCGACCGUGGGCAGAGAGAGGCUGGC